AUGAUGAAUUGUUAUUGGGAACCAUUUUGUGCCCCUUUUGAUGAAAAUGAGGUAAGAUUCUAUCAAUCUUUUGAACAAGGGCAUGUGGGGGAUUUUGUUCGGAUUAAAGUUCGUGUUAAACAUGAACUAUGCAUCACUCCCCAACAUCCUUCUUUAAUUUUAUCUUUUGAUCGAUUUUUACAUGAGCAAAUCAUAUUUGUUCCUUACCAAGAUUUUCUACACCAUGCUUCGGUAUACAUGCAAGUGUACUUUCCUAAUUUUAUCAUACCCAAUGAGGUAAUGUACACAAUGCUGCCAUUUUUAAUGACAUAUGUUUUGGAUGCACGAAAUUCUCCUUCUGGUUUUCAAUAUGAAAGUUCUCGAAUUCGUGUUUUUCCUGUGGGGUUGGAUGUUUUUGUUCAAAUAUUAUUGGGUGAUUAUACGAAUGUUUUCAACAAUAAUAUAGCCGCGAUGUUCGAUUCUAUUGGAGAGGCACAAUUUGUUCCGACAUCAAAAGAAGCCAUUGACUCUCUUGAGAAGGUGAAGAUCAAAAAUUGUGAAGCUAAUGAAAAGUGCAGUGUUUGUCAAUUCGAGUUCAAUGUUGGAAUGGAAGUUACAAAAAUGCCUUGCAAUCAUUUGUAUCAUCAAGAAUGCAUUGUUCAGUGGCUGGAAACUAGUCACAUGUGCCCAAUGUGUCGCUACCCAAUGCCAACUUCAACCAGUGGCUGA